AUGAAGUUAUAUGUUUGUAAAUUUGUGCACUGCCAUUCCAACUACUGUCCAGGCGCUCACCACCGUCUGCAUGAAGAGUUACGCAAAAUCGUUCGACGUGACAGAGCCCUGCCCCAAUCCUGGAAUGCCAACGAUUUACCAUUGGACGUGGGUAACAGUAUAUUUGAAGUGGAAAAAAGAGAAGGUACAUCUCUUCGACGGCGGCGAAAUGCUGGUGGGAGAGGAUGACAACCAGUUUUUGAAAGACUUGUGCACGCACCGUCAAACCAUCCGUUUCAGAUUGCCAUUGUGUGAUGUUUAGAAAACGCCGCGGUGACCAGUUAACAAGCGUGGGGACAGUCGAAGUUGGCAUGUUCACUGAAGCUCAGAUUACAUGAACAUUAUAUCUUUGAUAAAAUACACAACAUGUGUUGUAUUUUAUUGCAAUUUCCUUUGAAUAUAGUUAACAGCAAGUAAAUAUUUCCUUUUGUAUUCAGUAUUGGGCCUCUUGGCCGCAGGUUAAACCAGUUGAACAUUUUAUUUUUACACUGUUUUUAUAAUGUUUAUGUAUAUAUACUCAUACUGUGUAUAUAGGCUACUAUGUGUUAGUGUUAGUAUGUCAGGAGUUAAUUAAUAAGAGCAAUUAGCUUUUACCGGACAUUGAAUGACGUUUACGCGUUGAUUGAUAAAUAACAUGUAUGUAGCGCACAUGUGUGGCGCAAUAUAAAAAAAGGUUUACAGUCAGCGAAGGAUUUAGAAGAUAUAACGAAGUCAGAUAUAUAAUUUGUAUACUAAGUGUUUUAUACACUAUUAAAUAAAGACGUUUGGAGUUAAUUCCUGUGUUAUUGGCAUCAAAGAACCUAACAACGGUAACAUUAGUAAAACUAUUCUAAGCUUGAUUUUAUUCCUUUUCAUCAUGUUCAUGGGUUUCAGUGGUGCAGUGGUCAGAUCCAUAUUAAGUUCUCACCUUAAUGGUGCGCACGACUCUCGGCUGCGAACCCUAUGAAUUUCUCAUGUGAAAAUAAACAAGCGAAUGCUCUGCCGGAAGUUGUAGAUUUCAUCCCGGUACUAGGUUUUGUCAUGUUCCCUCAAACAUGGAAAGUUGACACUGAAGCACUAUUACAAUUCAUGUUACAAAUAUAUAGCAAUAUAUUUGUAACAAAUAUUUGUUACAAAUAUAUAGCUACUAGACACUAGACAGUAGGGUGAGCUGAAUAUUUAUGUAUUUUUAGAAAAUGGCACCUGAAAAUUCUAAAAAAGCCAGUUUUGAGGAUGUUUUUGAGAGCAUCUUAAAUGGAAAUUACUCUGAGGUAGAAAACAUCAUGACGGUGGCAAUGAUGACAAUAGUGAUGACGGAAGCGAUGAUUUUGAUUCGGAAGAAGAUGACAUUGAAGAGACCAAGUCACCACUGGAAUAUUUCAGACAGUUUCGGCCUGAUGAGAUAAACGACUUAGUUGUAGAACAGACCAACUUAUACAGCACCCACAAAACUGGUACUUCAAUUAAUACCAACAUCAAGGAGACCGAACAACUUAUCGGAAUGCACUUGAAGAUGAGUAUCAUACAACUUCCAUCUUAUAAGUUGUACUGGUCACAGAAUUAA